GGGAAAUGGGUCCAAAUGGCUCUUUGAGUGUUUAAGGUUGCCGACCCCUGGUAUUAUAAAGUAAUAGUCCAAGUAGUAUGAAGCGUACACAUGAGAUUACUUUAUAAAGGCAAACUGCUGAAUGCCAGACACUGGGUGUAUUUAGUUUAGCACUUAUAACUAUUUCCUAUAGAAUCGAGAGACGGGUUUCGGUUUCAAUUCAUCUGGCCUCUUAAGUUUCAUUUUAUCACCUGGUUUAAAUUCGCUUUCUCAUGCUUUCCGUAUCAGUUGGAACUCGGACACUGUUACAAAGAGGACAUUUGUACAUCCUGUGAGAAUGCUUUAUUGGGGCAAACUGAAUUCGACAGAAAAUGACCCGACACAUCGGAACAUGGAUAAUGCGUUUGGUGACAUUUUACGCGCGACGAGAGUCACGGACGUGUCCAUGCGUGAGGGUCUCGCGGCGUUCCUCAGGGACACGGAUGGGAAAGUCACCGUAGUGACGUCUCAAAAGCGAAUAGUUUUGAAGAAGGAGCGAAUUAAAUUAUUGAGCACUGGAAAGAAGCAUGUUAUAACUGUGACUGAGACAGGAAUGGUGAAUGAAUGGAACUGUUCAGAUCAAAGCAACAUACCCAGGACAUUGGGCAGCUUAUCUAGCAGACAUGUUGUGCAAGUUGCAUGUGGAAACUAUCACUCAAUCGCUCUAACAGAAGAUGGUCAAUUGUUCACAUGGGGUCAGAACUCGAGAGGUCAGCUGGGUCUGGGGAACAAGAGUCCGAGCUUUCAUCCUCCUCAGCUUCUCGAGUCUCUGUGUGGGAUACCACUGACUCAGAUCAGCGCUGGAGGAUACCACAGCUUCGCCCUGUCUCUCUCCGGAGCCGUGUUCGGUUGGGGAAGGAACUGUGCUGGGCAGCUUGGUCUGGGAGACAGAGAUGAUAGACAUGUCCCUGUUUGUGUAAAGAGCUUGAACCUGAAGAAGACCGUGUUCAUCUCAUGUGGAGAGUAUCAUACUGCUGUUCUAACAAAGGGUGGACUGAUAUUGACAUUUGGAUCAGGACGUUAUGGGCAGCUGGGACAUAACUCACUCAGAGACGAGCAUCAGCCUCGUGUAGUUGCUGAAUUCUGGGGAUCCAAAGUGUCUCAAAUUGCCUGUGGACAGCAUCACACUCUGGCACUUGUCGAAUCCUCAAACACCAUCUACUCAUUUGGAUGUGGAGAGCAAGGACAGCUGGGAAAUGGACAGAGAUCCAAUCAGUGUGUGCCACUUCCUGUUCAGCUGCCACCAGAAUAUAGCUCUGAUCAGAUUACGAAAAUUUAUGCUGGAGGGAAUCUUUCUGUCCUAUCUAAAAGGGAUGGUGUUCAAGCAAGUUCAAAUCUGAGAUCAUGCAAUGGACAAGCAAUGCUGGAGGAUAAAAUUAUCGGCCGCUGGAUUUCAGACUGUAACCCAAAAGUAUGGAAAAAAAUCCAAAGGUCGAGAAAACUGUAGAGAAUCAUCUUCUGCCCUCUCUGGGCUCCACUGCUGCUGGUGCGGAGGCUCUUAGGGUUUACCUUGUCCUACCCGAGCUCCUCAGAGUGCUGAAAAAACAUGGUCGUGGCACACAACUCACUAUCUUGCUGGCGUCUGCAAUCU